UAACAUGUCCACUGUGUUACAGCCACACUGCUCUAAAUCACUCUUUCACAUAGAGAGAUAGAGAGAAAGAGAGGUGGAGAUUGGAGGAGAGAAGGAACGACGGAGACGGAGAGGAAUGGGGAGGGUCUUACGACCAGGAUGGUGUAAGGACAGGGGUGAGAGACUGGCCAGGAGAGAGAGAGAAAGCUAAACCUGAACCUGAACCUGCCAGUCUCCAGAGCCAGACAGACCACUCUCUCUGACCAAGCUAGGACGUUCCAACCAGAGGAGAACAAUGGCCUUCCUACCCCCUCACUGUACCCCCCUCUUGGGCUUGUGGCUGGCUCUGUAUGUCCUCCUGGUCCGGGAGGUCCAUGGAGAAGACCCCACUAGUCAUCAGAUUGGCGGUGGUGGCGGGGGCUCCCAGUGCGGGGACUACAGUAACCAGGUGAUGGAGGAUGGGAUGUGCCGUCUGGUGGCCACCCUGCCCCAGACCGAGGACCAGCGCUGUCCAGACAUGUUCCGUUGCACAGACGAAGUCUCCUAUUGGCUGCAUGAGAACGAGGAGAGGAAACAGCAGAUUCUGUCGCUGAGGGAGACCAUCUCAGAGCUUCAGGAGGAGCUGAGGAACCACAGGCACCGCGUCAAGGUUCUGGAGCUGCAGAGCGAGGAGAAGACCCGAAUUAACUCAUCCUUGGAGCAUCGUUUCCAUGAAUUGGAGACUCACUAUGCCGAGGCCACCACACUAGUGCACUUACAAGGGACCCUCAUCUACGACCUUCAGGCCCAGAUCCAUAACCUGUCUCGGCUAGUAGAGAGUGUACGGAGGAACCCUGGCUGUAUGAUCAACAUUGUCGGUACCAGCCCUCAGAUGAGUUCAGAGGAGGCCCUGCAUCCAGAGGUACAGCAUGUGAGGAACUGUCCUAUAGAUUGUGCGUCUAUCUACUAUAACGGUGUGAGGCGCUCUGGUCUUUACACGGUGGUGCCUUCACUGGGGGUUAUGCCUGUCGAGGUUUACUGUGACAUGGAGACAGAGGGUGGUGGCUGGACGAUGCUCCAGCGGCGUGUGGAUGGCUCUGUGACCUUUGACCGGAGCUGGAGGGAGUAUAAGGACGGGUUUGGUGAUAUGCAUUCUGAGUUCUGGCUGGGUAACGACCACAUCCAUGACCUGACCAGCCAGGGAGACUAUAGCCUCAGGAUUGACCUAGAGGACUGGAGCAACAAGCACAAACACGCCCUCUACCAGAGCUUCAGUGUGGAUGGGGAGGACAGCCAGUACUGUCUCCAUGUGUCUGGGUUCAGUGGGACGACGGAGGACUCAUUCAGCUGGUACCAUGACAAGCAGGGCUUCAGCACCCCCGACACUGGCAACAUCUGUGCUGAGAUAUCCCACGGAGGCUGGUGGUACAACCAGUGCUUCUACGCCAACCUCAACGGAGUCUACUACAGAGGAGGCCGGUAUUCCCCCAAGGGGAAGAACCCUCUAGGACCAGACGGAAUCGUGUGGUAUUCCUGGAAGGACUCGGACUACUACUCUCUAAGGAAAGUCAGUAUGAUGAUCCGCCCACGUACCUUCCGCCCACGCAUGUCGCCCUGAGAAACCACCGCAUGGCCAUGACAACCACCCCUGAUGACGGUCAGGCUCCAUAAUGGCUCGUCUGAUCUGAUGACAUCACCACAGACGUACAUGCUCCACACUUUUACAGUGAAAUGUGCUGUAAACCUUACUCACCGGUCUGGAGAUGGAUUUUCAGUGUGUGCACAUAUUUCUGAAUGUGUGUGGAUAUAUUUUUGCAUAAUGUUUAAAUUUGCAUUUGUGGCCAUGCCACCAAUAAGCCUGACAGGCACAGGAGGCUGGUGAGGCGAGGACGGCUCAUAAUAAUGUCUGGAAUAGAGUGAAUGGAAUAUUAUCAAACACAUGGAAACCACAUGUUUGAUACCAUUCAAUUUAUUCCAUUCCAACCAUUACUGAGCCCAUCCUCCCAAAUGAAGGUGCCACCAGCCACCUGUGCUCAGUGAGAAGCUCAGUCCUGGAUACUGUGGCAUGUUGUACUAAAGUCUUCUGACCAAUACAGACACAGCAACAUAUAUUGUCCAGUGAACUCUGAGAAACAAGUAUUGAAUGGAAGGUGUGGCACACGUCGAGAAGUCCUUUGUGUGUGUGUUGACCUGUCUAGAAGAUGGCUGGAGUUACAUAGAUUCCACAGUCCUGUACUAUAAUAACAUGACUGUGCCAAACUAACAGCCUAUUGCUGGAGGGAUGAAGGGGAACUUCCCUCCUAUAGAUCCACAGGCAGGUGGACAAUAUACUAUACAGUACAUAAAAUGCUAUAUAUUAUACCAUACAUAAUAUAUAGAAGAGAAAAGACACUGUUUAAACUGCAAUGUGUGUUAGUGUGAAGACUAAGGGCUGAAUCCCAACUAGAAAAACACAAAACUCAGAUUAAUGUAAAUAUAACGUUCUUACCUUUUAGCUCUUAACCAGACUGACUUAAAGGAGCAAUUAGGGUUCAGUACCUUGCUCACGGACACAGACAGAUUUUUCACCUUGUCGGCUUGGGGAUUCAAACCAGCGAACUUUCGGUUAUUGGCCCAACACUAUUAACCACUAGGCUAACUGCCGCUGUUCUUAAACUGCAGUUAGCAUUCAAACACAAGGAAGUGUGGGUGUUUACGGCCUUGUGUGCAGAUUGAGAUAUUUACCUAUUUGUGUGUGUAGAUUGAGAUACACUACAUGACCAAAAGUAUGUGGACACCUACUUGUCGAACAUCUCAUUCCAAAA